CCUGCUGUGAUUUAGGUGUCAUUACAUUCCUCUUUUUCCAUAAUUCUCUGCCUACUCCAUAGACAGCAGGAAGAUGGCUUCAGCACAUGACAAAGCUGUUCUGCAGGCCAUAUUCAACCCCACCACCCCCUUUGGAGACGUUCCUGGCCUGUACCAAGAGGAGGAAUUAAUCGAUGAUGACAGUGGUUUUGACACGGAGUUGCUGAAGCGAGUGAAAGAGCUGGAGAUGCGGGGUGUCUCAGCGGCAGAGGCUGGGGAGUUGCAAGCCGCUCUUCAGCUGUUCAGCCAGGCAGUCCACAUCCUGCCUCAGCGAGCCUCUGCCUAUAACAACCGGGCCCAGGCCCUGCGGCUGCUGGGGGACACAGCAGGAGCCCUGCAGAAUCUCGACCAAGCCAUCUCCCUCAGUGGCGGCACAGGGCGAAGCGCUUGCCAGGCUCUAGUACAGAGAGGCCUCCUGCGGAGAUUAGCGUCCCAGAAUGAUGAGGCCAGGGAGGAUUUUGAAAAAGCGGCUGCCCUUGGAAGUGAAUUCGCUCGACAACAGGCAGUUCUUCUGAAUCCGUAUGCAGCCCUUUGCAACAAAAUGCUAUCAGAGGUGAUCAACAAUCUUCGCAACCCUGAGUUGGCAGAAAUGCAGUAGUUAAUUAAGAUAUACUUUUGGUUGUGGGUAUUUGUGUUCUGAUAUCAUAGGUAAAAAAAGAAAAUGUUGCCUUCUCAAUGCCAUUUUGAGUUAAUCAAUAGCGCUCCCACUAUGUAAAAAGGAAUUUUGGGGGUAUUACAGUCUAUCCAUUAACAUGAUUUAAACUUCAUUCAAGAAGGUAAUGAUUGAAACUUUUUGACAAAUUAAUAUUUGUUUAAUUGUACUAACAUUUGCUAAAUUAUUUUGGUAACAAAUAAUACACAGACAUUUUAAUAAGAAUUUAACUAAAGGUGUUGGUUAAGUUAUCCAUUUUCCCCAUUCCUCUUCUUCUUAUAAUAAUAAAAACAAUAAUUAUUAUAAUUAUUGUUGCUGUUUUUAAUAUAUGUUUAUAUCUGUUAUGUUAUUAAUGAAUAUAUUAGUUAGUGUU